GAAUUAUAGCACAGAAGAAGAAUCAAAUGGGAUGAACUGUUUAUGUUUAUUCGUGUGCUACUAAAGCUCUCACAUUGUGUAACUACUAUCACAUCCUGUCUUGUGACACUCAGCUAUCUGCUCGCAGUUCACCAAGACUUUGUAGACGGAGUCGGACUCUGAAAUGGUCCCUGAAUUCGUUCUGUUUCUCUCGGCACUGGGCUCGCUCGGCGUGGAAGGCACAGCCGGGAAAAAACUGCACUAUGUAACAGUGUUAUUUCGCCAUGGCGACAGAUCCCCAGUCAAGGCCUAUCCUACUGACCCAUACAGAGAGAGCGCCUGGCCUCAAGGCUUUGGACAACUAUCGCAGGAAGGGAUGCGUCAACACUUAGAGCUCGGACAAUUUUUGAGGAAACGUUACAAAGGGUUCCUCAAUGACAGCUAUGUCCGACAUGAGAUCUCAGUGCGCAGCACAGACUACGAUCGUACCCUGAUGAGCGCCGAGGCCAACCUUGCAGGGCUCUAUCCCCCGACUGAUCAGCAGGUCUUCUCACCAAACUUAAAGUGGCAGCCCAUCCCCGUGCACACGGUGCCAAAAAGUGAAGAGAAGCUGCUGUCCUUUCCCCUUGAAGAUUGCCCUCGCUACAAAAUCCUAAUGGAUGAGACCGAACACACAGAAGAAUUUAUUAACGUUACAUCUGCUAACAAGGACAUAAUAGAGCUGGUGAGAAGUAAGACAGGACUGAAUAAGACAAAUGUGGAGUCGGUGUGGAGUGUGUAUGACACACUCUUCUGUGAGUCCCGUCAUAACAUGUCAGCUCCUGAUUGGGUGACCCCGUCAGUCAUGGAAAAGCUCCGGUUUCUCAAAGAUUUUGGAUUCAGGGUUAUAUUUGGUGUCUACAAACAGCAGGAGAAGAGUCGGCUGCAGGGAGGGCUCUUAUUAGGUGAAAUAGUGAAGAAUAUUUCCAAAGCGGCCAAUUCCAAGCAAACGCACCAUCUGAAACUGAUGAUGCUUUCAGCGCAUGACACAACUGUUGCAGCCCUGCAGGCCAGCCUGAAUGUCUUCAAUGGCAGACAGCCGCCAUACGCUUCCUGUCACAUGAUCGAGCUGUACAAGGAUGAGAACGGGUCUCUGUCGGUAUCCAUGUUUUACCGGAAUGACAGCACAGUUGCACCUUACGCUGUUCAGCUGCCAGACUGCGCCAUUGACUGCCCCCUAGAGGACUUUGUGAAACUUACACAACUCUCCAUUUCCAAUGACCGAGACAAAGAAUGCCAAGUACCUUCAAGUGGCAGCAAUAAAGGUCAAAUCAACAUCCACCCAGAACUGUGGGUAAUUUAUUGUUGGUGUCUGGUCCUUCCAUCAGAGGUAAUCAUCACCCUGGCAGUGUCGGGCUGCUUGCUGCUGCUCCUCGUCAUCGUCCUCUUCGUUUCCAUCGUACGCCACAAGGAGCCGUUGAGCAAUCAGGGAUAUCACCACGUCAUCAACCAGGAUGCAGGUGAGGAGUCCUGACAAGAGGGUGGUGUCGUCAAUCGCAGACGAAGCAGCUCCUCGUCAUGGGACCACAGCAAUGAAGAUGAACUUUGACCUCUUGAAGCCUCCAUCAAAUCAGUGAUUUAGUGUCUAAAUACUUGUUGGUUUAGACAAGCUUUUAAAGAAGUGUGCAAUUUUUCACACUUUUUUGUGUUUAGGUCGGCACAUUUCUGAUUGGAAUGGGAGCUGACGUGGUGCACAGGAAGUUAGUGUUUUAAUGUUAGGAGCAGUAAGAAAGGUUUAUCUGGUCAGGUUACAUUUUUAAAUGUGUCAAUUAUGUGUUCAGUUUAGUGCAAUGUUGUCUACCAUCAUGCCUUCAAUAUUUUCUCAUGUUUAAGUCACUCUGUUUGCCACAAAAUCAAAGUGCUGAGUGACACAAAUCUAGCGAGCAUGUCCAAGUGAAAGUAGCACAUCUGAUUUUUACUCCACUUUAUGUCAUCUGAUUGUUUUUAUUGUAAUUUUAACAUAAAUGUGAUGCACCUUUUUGUUGGAUGUCAUCACUGGAACAGCAGUGAGAUCUUCUUCUAGCUUUGUUUUAACUUGAAAGAAUCCAUAAAAAAAACAACUUUCAAAUAGGUUAAUUUAGUUUAAUAACCCUAAAUCACCAUAGGAAACAUUUGGGAGUGGUUGUCAUGUGAAAGUCAUAUGACUAUCUCAGGAUACUGCCCAAAAUGACAGUGUCAGGUAGAGUAAACAAGCUCAUUUACAAAAGUUUAGUUAGUUUUUUUUAACCAUUAAAGCUCAUUUUAAAUACUUUUUAAAAUGUAAUACUUUAAUAGGGUGUCUAACAUUACAGUUCAACUUUUCUUACUGGAUUAAUUUAAUAAAUUACAGUACUAGAACGAGCUUUGGAAAAUACCGCUUUCAAGCUUUUAGCCUCAAAUUGCCAUUGAAAGUGACAUAACACAUUUGUUCCAAUAGUGAAAUUGAUAGGACCAUCAAUAAAUAGCUCUGACUUCUAGCUCAGUUGUGACAAACAGAAAGAAAAGUAUGAUCCAAAUAAAUUCAAUCCUGUGAUGUCAAUGAAAACAUUUGAAUUGUCCCAUUUUGUGAGUUGUACUCGAUUGCAAUUUCAACUUGCUAAAUUAUGAAAUGAAUUAAACAUUGACAUGCACAAGUUUUCUUUCUUUGAAUUCUGCCUUCACGCUUGAAUUGCUCAAUUCCAACAGCACUGUGCCCUUUUUUCAAUUCGUGACAUGAGUGACGUGUCUGUCAUGCUGCUUAAAUUCAGUACGGUUCUGUUCAAAAGAGGAUUUUAUCACACUUGUUCUUCAAAAAAAGAUGACUUUUCACACGUUUAUGUUUUUUUCUGCACGUUACUUUGACAGGAAAACAACUUUUUCAUUGAAAACAAGUUGGCAUUUUUUUUACCUGCCAAAACAAGACAAUUUGUGUGAAAUUCUGAAUGAAAAAUGUGGGACAAUUGUUAUGACGUUUAGAGAAAUGGGGGUUGAAGGGAUAUAUCAAUAGAAAGUUUUGCACUGGAAAAUGUUUAAUUUAAAGCAGAUUUUGGAGAAAGACAUUCUGAAUGGUUUAUAUCAGGGAUAUACAACCAAAUUGUUUUGUAGCCACAUUUCCAGAAAGCUAAGGGCCGAGGGGGCGAGGGCAGACUUCCUUCCCUCUUCACUAUUUAUCUUAUUUUGUAGACCCCGGAGAACCAUUUGAUUUUGGUCUACAACAUUUAUUUUGUCAGAAUUACAGCAGCACUCUGCCGUUUUUUAAAGGACCUGCAAAAAAACUAGUCAAAGAUUUUUUGUAUGACAGCACUGGAGUGUUUUUAAGAAUCUGCAAAAAUGUAAAGUUUUUUUUUAACUGAACUCACAGCUCAAAUGAUGAAAAAGAGAGGACCUAAAAUGAAGCCUUGAGGAACACUACUAGGAUAACUGAAGAAGUUGAGCAAAUGACUACUGACUCCAUCUAAAGUAAACAAGCUACAGCAAUAACUUGGUUACAUAAAAUCACAUUAUGAAAAACAACUAACUGCUAAAAAAGAGAGGACUUAAAGGGGUGCCUUGAGGAAUGCCUCACUUGAGUAAAUCCCAAAUGUGGACCUUUGUGUUGGCUAGCACGGUUAAAAUGUCAAUGCAAGGAUCUGUCAAUGUGCUUAAAGUGGUCCAAGUUCCUCAAUACAACAGAAGCAAUCUAGUUUUUAGGAAUUUGCUGCAAAAAUGUUGUUCUACCAAGUUUUGAACUGUCAUUCUUGGCCUGAAUUCUGCUACUGGUUGAAUGUCUCUGGUUUAAAGGAUUUCAUGUUGAAAUAGUUUGAGAAUUUUUUUUAUCAAUAAAGGAAAAUUGUAGACUUAGGAGAAAGUGGAAUUGUUGAUUUGAAAGUCCUGAAAGUUUUAUUUUCAGUGGGAAUUUUCUGUAACGUGUCCGGCAUUUUCCAA